AUGGGUGGAGGCGGCAAGAUCUAUUAUCCCAAGGAAGUCUGGUCUCCCGCGGGAGGCUGGUAUGCUCAGCCCGCAAACUGGAGGGUCAACACCAUGAUAAUCGGUGCUGCCGUCAUUGGAGUCGCUGCUGCUACCUGGACCCUUAGCGCUGAGCGUGAGCGUCGCGAGAAGAUGCCAGAGCCUGGAAGAUUCUUCCCCAGUCGCUACUGGAGCAAGCAGAUCAUCGAACACGAGAGACAACAAGCCGCGAAGAACGAUUCAUAA